AUGUCAAACCAGUCCGGCGGAACCCAAGCCGAAAACUGUCCGUUAUGCGCCAACGAACAACCUUUUGCGUCUCUCUGGUUUCAGGAGAACACCGAGACAUGGAUAAAGUGCGAUAUCUGUCUCGUAUGGUGUCACACCACCUGUCUCAAACUUCCCGCCGAAGAGUGCGACCGAAUCGAUGAAUACCAUUGUCCCCAGUGCGCAAAGAUUUAUGGACCGAGUACCUUCAAUUACGCGGAUCUUGAUAACGGAAUAACCGGCAACCCUUACAAGUGGAAACGGGUGCUCGAUUCAAAGCAUUUUGUCAGGCACAAAUUUCAGAAGGUUUGUGGCGAACUCUUAACUUUGGAUUGGAUUCGUCGGAAUGGUUUUGAUGAGCCAAUUAUUAUCGAGAAACCUGAUGGACUUGGUAUGAAGAUGCCCUCGAAAGAUGUUACGGUCAGUUGUAUUGCGGAGGCCGUCG